GUCCUGAAGCUCCUCUGAGCGCAGUCUUCUGACGCUCCUCUGUCUGGAUAUUUGUAGCAGGUUUUCCAUUUUUCUCCUCUGGAUUAUAUUCUUCUGAUGGUUUUCAACUCCAACUCGAUGCAUAGAAAUGGGUAAACUGCACUCGAAACAUGCCGCUAUUUGUAAACCGAGGGAGAGCCCAGAAGGCGACAGUUUUGUAGUCAAUGCCUGUUUGGCGAGAAAGGGAAUCGACGACUGGCUCGUGAAGCAGAAAUACUACUGCACGAGCUCUCGCCUCGAGCCGCGGGACUGUCACCACAAGAAUAACUGCGGUCUGACUGCACGGGACUCUCUGGGUGAAGCAUGUGCGCAGAGGAUUGGUGAUGAACACUACCGUCUAGAAGUGGCUUUACCCCCGGAGAAGACGGGCAGCUGCUGUGUGGAGGAGAAGAUGCAGCAGAGGGGCAGCCAAUCCCCCACAGGGCUGCAGAAACAGAUCCAGUUUGAAGAGUUGGAGUGUGCCGUGUCUGUGGAGGAGGAUAACCGACAGGAGUGGACCUUCACCCUGUACGACUUUGACAACAACGGCAAAGUCACCAGAGAGGACAUCACCAGCCUGCUCCACACCAUCUAUGAGGUGGUGGACGCCUCCGUCAACCACUCCCCGAGCAGCAGCAAGACGCUCCGGGUGAAGCUGUCCGUGGCUCCAGACUCCAGCCAGCGGUGGAGGAGCUGUACUCAGGGAGCGGCAGACAUGUCCCACCCCAGAGAGAAAAAUGACAAGUGCAUAGAAGACCCCAAGAGUGCAGACAAGAAGACUCGAGCUCUCAUAAGGCGCCACCACAGCGACCAUCACACCCAGCCGGGCUGCCAGCGCCACUGUGUGGACGAGAACCUGGAGCGCAGGAACCACUACUUGGACCUGGCAGGCAUCGAAAACUACACAUCCCGCUUUGGAGCCGCCCCCACCACCACCACCACCACCACCACCACCACCACAGAGCCAGCGAAGGCCGAGCCUCAGACGCGUCCAUCCAACCAGACUCGCUCCCGCUCCCACGAGCCAGAAAACGGCCACUCCCAUCCCCCCCCCCACCGCCGCCUGCACCCCGCCGUGGACACCUUGUCUCCGGAGAGCCUCCACCCCUCCGCUCGUACGCGAGUUCAGGACUCGGGGAAACACGCCAUCCGCUCUCCUAAAACCCACAGCAGCCGUACGCCCCCCGCGCAGAUCAGCAGCAGGGUGAUGAGAAGCCGAGGCGCCCCCCCUCCCACGGUCCUCCCCAGCCAAACCCCCCCUCACCAAUCCUCAGCACCGUACCGCAAACACAAGCAGCGCUCCAAGGAAACCUACAGGGCUUUGAGCUCUGUGGCUCCGAGACAAAUGGUGGAGAAGGAGCAGGUGCGGGACCUUCCCAGUGUGCUGCUGUACGAGGGGGGGUCGGCACAGGUGGUGCAGCGGCAUGAGCACCACCACCACCAUGAACACCAUCACCACUACCACCACUUUUACCAGUCCUGAAUUUACAUCCUUUUACAGGAGACCUCAGCACUCCUGCAACCCCAGAAAAAAAAAAAACACACAAGCAGGCGAACAGACUGCUGCUUCCUCCUCAGUGCAUUGUGCAGUGCCUUCGUAGUGGACACAGGACAAGGGGAGGAGAGGAGCACCAUGGGAAGGGUGUCCCAGUGCUGAGAGGUUAUUAAUCAGUGUUAUAAAGAGGUUGGUCAGACAUGCAAAAAAAGCUUGGGUGUGCAGCAGGGCAGCGAUUCGGGGCCACUGCAGAGCCAGGACUGAAGAUCACGGCUUCGGAGCGAAGUGAUACACGGAGGGAUAAUAUGAUCAAAAAUCCUCUUCCGUUGACGCUGUAUUCCUCCUACCUGAAGACUGUACGGCUCCAAACAAGCACCACAACCUUCCAGACCACUAAGCCAAAAGGUUUUUAAGGACAAGGAGGAACGAGAGGAAGAGAGAGAGUGUGUGUGUGUGUGUGUGUGUGUGUGUG